CAUACUGGUGAAGCACCAAGGUUCGAGGCGCAAGGCGUCGUGGAAGGAUCCAGAAGGCCAGGUCAUCAAAAAGACCACCAGAGACAGCGCCGUCUCUCAGCUAAAGGCCUUCCGUGACGACAUCGUUUCUGGCAAAGCCAAGUUUGAGGACAUCGCCUCUCGCUUCUCCGAUUGCAGCUCUGCCAAGCGCGCCGGGGAUCUCGGUCCUUUUGGCCGUGGCCAGAUGCAGAAGCCUUUUGAAGAAGCAACUUACGCUCUGAAAGUUGGUGAGAUAAGCGACAUAGUGGAUACUGAUAGUGGAGUUCAUAUAAUCAUGAGAACAGGUUGAUUACUGCAUGGACCAUGGAGUAAUUUUGUGUUGCUCCUCCUGCUUGGAGAGAACAGAUUACAUCUUUUUCUAGAUUGGUGCGAGUAUUGUUCAUCUGGAAUUUUCUUAACCUACAAAUAUUUUAGACAUGGCAUAGCCAGUGACCUUGUAUGAUUCAUGCUUUAUUGUUUUCUCUGUAAUUGGAAGUUGUAUGCGUAACUUUGGAUGGUUGAAUGCUGACAGUGACAUGACAUUUGUACUCUCUUUUCCGCGACUAGCGGCCGUGAACUAUAUUAUAUACAAGUAUAAUAUACUAUAACAAAAAUUCUCAUUGCAAUUUCAGCAUGAUUGAAUGGAUUUGAAUAUUAGUUUAA